GAAGAUAAAAUUUAACGCAUUUUUAUUUUUUUCAGAUUUUCUCUCUCUUCUCUCUUUCUCUUGUUCGAAAAACCUCAAUCGAAAUUUCAUUUCCGCCAUAGCCGCGAAGCUUGCUAACCUACUGGCUGUUUUUAAUCGCCUUCUGUAGAUGCAAUGAGUUGAAUGGUUCAAUUCUGUAUCUAAGUUGUGGAAGACGAUGAAAUGUAUUGAGUUGCGGGGAGUUGCUGGCUCCUAAGCCUUGUCGUUUUUUCUUGUGGUGCUUGAAUGUGAGGGGGGUGUGUUGUUGGGGUGUUUGUUUAAACUAACCAGGUGUGGUGUGGAUUGUUGAACUCUGUGUGUGUGCUGUAGCUGGUUUUUGUUGGAUAGGGACUCCAGUGUAGCACUGGAAUUUGGAUAUGGACAAUCAGUGGAUUGAUGGGGAUGGUUUUUGGCAGGAGGGCAUCAGGUACUGGUUGGAGGUGGGAGUCGGCAUUUGAAGAUCAGUGUGUUUAGAAAGGGAAGAAAGGAGUUUGAAGAUGAGUUCACGCAGCCGUAGCAGGAGCAGAAGCCGUAGCCGUAGCAGAAGCAGAAGCAGGAGUCCUCGAGAUCAUGGAAUGCGAUCUGAGCGCUUUUCUUAUCGUGAUGCUCCAUAUAGGAGGGAUGCACGUCGGGGUUUCAGCCAAAGCAAUCUCUGUAACAACUGCAAACAGCCUGGUCACUUUGCUAGAGAAUGCACAAAUGUUGCUGUUUGCAACAACUGUGGGCUCCCUGGGCACAUUGCAGCCGAGUGCAGCACCAAAUCUUUAUGCUGGAACUGUCGUGAACCUGGGCAUAUGGCCAGCAACUGCUCAAAUGAGGGCAUCUGUCACUCAUGCGGAAAAGCUGGGCACCGUGCCAGAGAAUGCACUAACCCUGAACUUCCACCUGGAGACUUGAGACUCUGCAACAAUUGCUUCAAGCAAGGACACGUUGCUGCAGAGUGCACCAAUGAGAAGGCAUGCAAAAAUUGCAGGAAGACUGGACACCUUGCUCGUGACUGCACUAAUGAGCCUGUUUGUAACUUGUGCAAUGUCUCUGGCCAUGUGGCAAGGCAAUGCCCAAAAGCAGACAUUCUCGGGGAGCGGGGAGGAGGCAGCAUUGCUGCUGGAGGGGGUGGAGGUCGCUAUGGUGGUUUUGGAGGAGGUGGCGGUGGUCGUUAUGGUGGUUUUGGAGGAGGCGGUGGAGGUCGUUAUGGUGGUUUUGGGGGUGGCGGUGGUGGUGGCGGUGGAUUUCCAAUGGGUGGUGGUGGUGGUUAUCGUGAUAUAAACUGCCGGAGUUGUGGCCAGAUGGGACACAUGAGCAGAGACUGUAUGGGUGGUCCAGCUAUGAUUAUCUGCCACACCUGUGGUGGUCGAGGUCAUAUGUCUUAUGAAUGUCCUUCAGGAAGAAUGAUGGAACGCAUGCCAAGGAGGUACUAAGAUGGCAUGCCUUAUGACGGACUGCAUUAGCUGGAGGUUGUUUACUGAAUAAAAACUCAUGUUAUCUUUUCUAUUUGUUCAGUUUGUCACUAAGUUUUUUGUUGACUUAUUUCUGUUAUCUUGUUUUUGGUCUCUUGAUUGAGAUUGUUUAGAACUAUUAUGCUAUUGGUUAGAUUUUGAAUCUACAAUGUUCGAGUAUUCAGAGUGCUACAAACUACAGAAAAAAACUGGUCCGUAUUAUAGGAUUAGUCAUCUUUUUUCCUGGUGGUGUGUUCUGCAUAAUGAUGAUUGCUUUGAAAGCGCCGGUGUUUUUAACAGCUUCA